AUGAGUUACCAACUCUACAGGACAACCACGCUCGGGCACACUCUGCAAGAAGCUCUUGACGAGUUUGUUGCGUCCGGACAAAUAUCUCAAGCUCUGGCUUGCCAGGUACUUUCGCAAUUCGACAAAUCGAUCAGCAACGUGUUUGCGACGCGCGUCAAGAGUCGUCUCUCGUUCAAGGCAGGUCGUCUGAGCACUUAUCGUUUCUGUGAUAAUGUGUGGACACUAGUUUUGAAGAAUGUCGAAUUUCGAGAAAUCCAAGAAAUUGUGAAAGCCGACACGGUGAAAAUUGUCGCCUGUGAAUCUCGUAGUGGGAAUAACUGAGCGUUCGUUCGAACACCGCCAGCCAUAUGCCGAGCCGAGAUAGCUCAAGGGACUCGGACAAAUGCAGUUGAUUGCAUCGCGCGAUGGAUAUAAAUGCUAAUGAUGGACGAACAUGACGAUUUGUUUACUAUCAGAAGCUGAUCGGUACAACCAAUUUAGCAUCGUGAUGAGCAGGGAAUAAAA